UCCGUUGCACUCACACUCGCAAAGGUGUUCCGUUGUCCUGUUGUCGUCCGUUAUUACUAUCGUUUCGUAUGAUUUCCAUCUUCAACGACGUAUUUUUAUUUAUAAACUCGCCCAGUUCCUCAAAUACGCAAAAUACAGUAUACCGUCUGUCGUGUUCUGCUUGUUUUUGUACAUUGGUUUGCCGUUUUCGUCAUCCUAAGUUACACGCAAUUACAAUCCCCGCAGGGCAAUAGUCUUCGUUACUGUCUGUUGUCCCUUCAGCAUUCUGUAACCACAUGCAAGCAGUACAAUCUUGGACGAUACGAUGGAGACGUUAUGUAGAAUAGGCACCACUGUGCUGCAUGGGAUCCUGGACAGCAUCAAGGGUAUCACGGUAGUGUUCUAUCUGGACAAAGAAGCCAACCGAAAGCUGUCCCAGCCUACCACAAAACCGCUACUCUCCGGAUCGGCACCCCGAACGAAGGAAAGCUUAUCGUCGCAGCCCCGUACACCAUCGUCGAAUUCGCUAGCUUCGAAGCGCAUAGAAGAAUCCAAGGUGCUAAAGCGUGUCCUUCAGUGCUCGAUGCUGAACGGUGGAAUAUUUAUGCUCAGCAUCCUCUUUUUCGAGUAUGCUGUCCUGCCCGGAUUACAUCUCUUCCUGUGGUAUCUGUUCCGUAACUCGACCACUAUGACAACAGUUUGGGGCUGGAUGCAACCGUCGCUGUCGCUGCUGUUCAACUCGUUCUGGGUAGCUCCCCUGUUUCUGCUAAGCAAGAUCGUGAAUAGCCUCUGGUUUCAAGACAUUGCCGAUUCGGCGUACAAGUUCCGCAAGGGUCGUCCGCAGCUAAUACCGAGCAUCAGCAAACUUAUUGCCGAUACACUGAUCAGUCUGCUGAUUCAGAUACUAUUCUUGCUGCAAAGCACUCUGGUAAAGUAUCUGCCCGUACCGGUUCCGUUUGCCUGUAGUGCGAUCUAUAUGAUGCACAUGAGUCUGCUCUGCUCGCUAUAUGCGUUCGAGUACAAGUGGUUCAACAUGGGCUGGGAGUUGCACAAACGACUGACGUACAUCGAACAGAACUGGCCAUACUUUCUGGGCUUUGGAUUACCCCUCGCCGUGCUGUCCGAGCUGCCCAACUCGAUCGUGAUCAGUGGAUGCGUGUUUUCGGUCCUAUUUCCACUGUUUAUUAUCAGCGCUAACGAGGCCACACCAAAGGUGGACGUAUGCGAAACACCGUUAAAACUUUUCUCCAUUGUGGUUGCCCUUACCAAUGCACUCUUCCGGGGCCGAACGAAACCCGGGAAAGCGGCCCUAUCGCAACCUCUUACUCCUGGGGGUGGGACGAAUGUGCGUGGAUUAACACCACCACUAUCGUCCUCAACGUCCGCGUUUAUGUUUCAGCAACAACAACAGCAGCAGCAGCAACAACAAUUUCGACAUCACAAUUCUCAAAAGCACCAUCAUCAUCGAUCGCAUCAUCGACAGCCGUCGCCAUCGCCAUCGGCUGCAUCGUCCACGUUUGCCUCCGUACAAACUGCCGCCCAGCUGCAUCAACACCAAACUGUACUGAAUCGCCCGCUUAGGCGAUAGGGGUGUGUAAGUUAGUUAGGAGCUUUCGCUCCUCAAUCCCUGAAAACGGCAACAGUGUCCUGCAAAACACAACGACAUCAAGGGGACAAAUGCUCAAAUGAUGGAGGAAAACAUGGUGCAGUAAAGGGGAAAUGAAAACGAACCGUACACUAUGACACAAAUGGACAAAACUCUACGCUAGGAAGCCGCAGAGAUAUUGUUCUAUAGCUUGUUUUAUAUCGGGAAUGUCUGCAAUGUUUUUUUUUGUUUAUAUUAUUGACUUGGCGCGAUAGGUAAAAUUUCUAAACGGUCCAAUGGUUCACUCAACGCCUCGUUUGCAAGGGAAAUGCGCAUCGUAUAGGAACCUUACGCGGUAUAAAAUGAUAAUAUUUUCAAACGUUAACUACUAACAUAACUAAUAAUCUUAACUAUCGCUCGUACUACUACCAACCAACAAACAAACAGAUAAAACAAAUGGACUGCGCUUUUCAUGUUGAAUUGAAACCGAUAUAACAAACGUAGACAGUAAAGAUUUCCGUGAGAUUAUGUAUAAACGAAACAAACAAGUAGAUCAACUGUAUAGUGAUGUACUUAUAGCAUAAUGUGUGUGUGUGUGGAGGGAUAUUUUGGUGAUAUAAAAAGGGCUGAAGCGGAAGCCAGAGUUGAUCAAAAUAGUCGGUUUGGCAGGCAAAGUGGGAAUGAUAUAGUUCGGUGGGAUUUUCUUUCUAAGGAAAAUUGCCUAUAUUCCGCUUGCUUUUGGAUCUAGGGCACGGUUCAAAAAGGAUUUCCAUUCAGCACACCUUACUUUCCGGGGGGAAAUGAUGGUUAGCAGGGAUGAGGUAACA